AUGGCAGGAUCCGGACCACAUAGAAUCUUUUACAAAGGUGAUGAAGCUGAUUUCGUUAUCUUCAUUGAAGACACUAGCUUAGUUGAAAAGUAUAAGAAGGGUGAUACCACAAUCCCAUUGAUUGAUAUUGUGGGAAUUUACAAGGUUUUCAUCAAUAGGCAAGGUGGUAACGAAGGUGUAUUAGAUGAAGCAUCCAAGCAAGAAUUGAAUCUGCAAUUCGGCAAAUCUGAUAUUGAUGAAAUCAUCAAGAAAAUCUUGAAAGAGGGAUCUGAUAAGAGCGGAACUCAUUUAGGUAGAGGAGGCGCAUCCACAAAUGACUCAAUUGGUGCUGGAUUUGUCAAUCACUAA